AUGAGUAAGGUAUCACCAACAUUAAAGGUUACUUCAAGUUCCAAGCUUAUAACGCUUGCUGCGGGAUGCUUCUGGGGUGUAGAAAGAGCACUUAAGAAGCCGUUCGAAGGCAAGGGCUUGGUUGACAUCAGGGUAGGAUAUGCCAAUGGGAUCGCAUCAAUUGGCCCUGUAACUUACGAGAAGGUAUGCUCAGGAUCCACACAAUUUGUAGAGGCUGUUCAAAUUUCAUACGAGCCAGAAAAGUUAGCAUUGGUAGAUCUUCUAGAGAUAUUUUUCAGAAUCCACGAUCCAACCCAAGCCAAUGGGCAGGGUCCAGACAUUGGUUCUCAAUAUAUACUGGCCAUUUAUACCCAUAGCGAUGAGCAAACCAAGGUUGCCCAGGAAAUCAAGGAAAAGAUGCAAAAGGAGUGGUACCCAAACCACAAGAUUGCCACUGUCAUUGAACCAAUAAAGAUUUGGUACGAUGCAGAAGCAUACCACCAACAAUAUUUGGAUAAAAAUCCUGGUGGGUAUGAAUGUCCUACACACUUCUUGAGGACAAAGCCCAAGAUCUAA